GAUUUGACUCUCUUGCUCUGUCUAUCUCUCUGUCUAUUUGUCCUUCAUUGGCUCUGUGAUGGACUUCAGGACUGUCAUGACCGUCUCAGCUCUUCUCCUCAUAACUUCUGACAGAAAAACAGCUGUGUCAACCACCAUGAAGACCCCCACCCUGCCCCAGACCACCAGCAACGGCACCAUCUGUCUCUGCCACCCUGCUACACCAGCAGCCACCACCGCCCCCGCCUCCAAACCCAGCACCUCUGCACCCGUCCUGGGCUUCCUCACAGUCAGGUGGACACAUGGAUGUGAUGGAAACGUGAUCCUCUAUCGUUUCUCUAACUCCUCCCUAGAUGUCUGUUACAGCUAUAAUGCCCAGAGGCUUUUGACAAAUGUGUGUCAGAAUAGGAAAGGUUGUAAAGAUAAUGUGCUCUGGGUCAGAGAUAACAAGGUGCACAGUGGUUACGACGUCUCUGAGGAUGGAGCAACACAGAACAGAACCAGUUGUAACAGACUGAGGGUCCACUGCCCCAAAGCUGAGGCCAUCCCAGAUGUUAAUGGACAGCUGCAGGCUUACAAAGUGGUGGCUGCUUUGCUCUGCUGUGUGCUGCUGAUUCUCUUCCUGAUCCGCUUCACCAGACCCACUGUCAAGGCCCUGCAGAAGCGAUUGUCGGACAGGAGGCAGAACCGCUGGAUUGGACCUACACAGAGUCACAGUGUGUCUUACCACCGAGGGAAAACUAUGGUUAAAAACGAUGAUGGAGAGAAGAGACUGUCCUACCCUGCUCUGGAGCGACUGACAGUCAGUGACAGCAGAGAACCUUCAUCCAACAGGAACAGUGGCUACAACUUCUGAGGUGCAUCAUCGUCAUCAUCGUCAUCAUCAUCAUCAUCAUCAUCAUCAUCAUCAUCAUCAUCAUCAUCAUCAUUCCUGACUUAAUGACCAACGCAUUAUUUAAGAUUAUGUGAAAGUGACCAUUCAUAGUAGAAAUUCUGUUAUAACCAAUUCUGACCGUACCACCAUCAAUAAAUGCAAGUGAGCAGUGUUAUCAGUGUUAGCAGUGUUAACAGUGUUAGCAUUGUUAGCAGUAUUGACAUGUUGACAGUGUUAGCAGUGUUGACAUAUUGACAGUGUAAGCAGUGUUAGCAGUGUUGACAUGUUGACAGUGUUAGCAGUGUUAGCAGUGUUAGCGGUGCUGACAGUGUUGACAGUGUUAGCAUUGUUGACAUAUUGACAGUGUUAACAGUGUUAUGUCCAAUGUUGCUCUAACUGAACUUGUAUAUUAACACAUUUUAUGAUAUUUUAAUGGCACCUUACAAUGUUUUUAUGGUUUUAGCAGCAGUUAGCAUUUCAAGCUACUUCUUAAAUAACUGCAUGCAGCUGUCCAAGUGAGCUGCACCGUGUACAACAGACAGCUCUGGAGAUGUUCGCAGGUGUAUUAGCAGUUUUCCCCUGCUUCUAGUCCUUGUGCUAAGCUAGGCUAACACUCUCAGGACAUCUCUCUGUACUGGACAAACAGCAAUAAACCUGAGAAGAGCUUUUUAAGAUGAAAUGUUCCUUUAAUCAGAAAAAUUGACUCAUUAUCACGUGGUCAAUGGAUGUUUGUUGUGCUGACUCUGUUGUUGUUAUUUUUGACUUUUGUUGUUAACUUUUUAUUUUC